AUGGAGGCGAUCAAGAAGACGUUCCAGCGUUGCAAGGCCGAGAAGCGGGCUGCCCUCGUCACCUAUGUGACCGCCGGUUUCCCCACGGCAGAGGCCACUCCCAACGUGAUUCUGUCUAUGGAGAAGGGCGGCGCCGACGUCAUCGAGCUGGGCGUCCCGUUUACCGAUCCCAUUGCCGACGGCCCGACCAUUCAGACUGCCAACACCGUCGCUCUCCAGAAUGGCGUGACGAUCGAGUCGACUCUACAGAUGGUGCGCGAUGCCCGCAAGCUCGGCGUGCGCGCUCCCAUCUUGCUGAUGGGUUAUUACAACCCGCUGCUCAGCUACGGCGAGGAGCGCCUCAUGAAGGACUGCAACGAGGCCGGUGUUAACGGCUUCAUCGUGGUGGACCUCCCCCCCGAGGAGGCCAUUACUUUCCGCAAGUGGUGCACUCACGGCGGGUUGUCCUACGUCCCCUUGAUCGCUCCCGCAACAUCCGAUGCCCGCAUGCGGAUCCUUUGCCAACUGGCCGACUCGUUUAUCUACGUCGUUUCCCGCCAGGGCGUCACCGGAGCUCUCGGCACCAUCAACGCUAACCUUCCCGAGCUCCUAUCCCGGGUCAAGAAGUACAGUGGCGACAAGCCCGCAGCUGUGGGCUUCGGCGUCAGUACCCGGGAGCAUUUCACGUCCAUUGCCCAGCUGGCCGACGGUGUGGUCGUUGGUAGCAUGAUUGUCACCACUCUCCAGAAGGCGGCCAAGGGCGAAGAAUGCAAGGGCGUGGAGGAUUUCUGCGCCUACCUUUGUGGCCGAGGGUCGAACGAAACCACCCGCGAGGUUGGCAUUGUCGAGGCUGUUUCGGGCGCCAGGGAGUCACAGGGGGAGGUUCAUGUGGACGACGUUGUGCGCAACACCGAUGACCUCGUGGCGCAGCUGGCCGCCAUGCACGGCAAGAUUCCCGAGCGCUUUGGAGAAUUCGGUGGCCAGUAUGUCCCCGAAUCCCUGAUGGACUGCCUUUCCGAGCUGGAGGAGGGGUUCAACAAGAUCAAGGACGACCCGGCUUUCUGGGAGGAGUACCGCUCCUACUACCCCUGGAUGGGCCGCCCAGGGCAAUUGCACAAGGCAGAGCGCCUGACGGAGUACGCCGGUGGUGCCAACAUCUGGCUGAAGCGUGAGGAUCUUAACCACACCGGGUCACACAAGAUCAACAACGCUCUCGGUCAGCUCCUUCUGGCUCGCCGCCUCGGGAAGACCAAGAUCAUUGCCGAGACCGGCGCCGGUCAGCACGGUGUCGCCACAGCCACCGUGUGCGCCAAGUUUGGCAUGGAGUGCACCGUCUACAUGGGUGCGGAGGAUGUUCGUCGCCAGGCGCUCAACGUGUUCCGUAUGAAGCUCCUGGGCGCCAAGGUCGUCGCUGUCGAAGCCGGCAGCCGCACGCUCCGCGAUGCCGUUAACGAGGCCCUUCGUGCCUGGGUGGUCCACCUCGAGGACACCCACUACAUCAUUGGCUCUGCUAUCGGCCCCCAUCCCUUCCCCACCAUUGUCCGUACUUUCCAGUCUGUCAUUGGCAACGAGACCAAGGCGCAGAUGCUCGAGAAGCGCGGCAAGCUUCCCGACGCCGUGGUCGCCUGCGUGGGCGGUGGCAGCAACGCGGUCGGCAUGUUUUACCCUUUCAGCAACGACCCGAGCGUGAAGCUUCUCGGUGUUGAAGCCGGCGGUGACGGUGUUGACACCCUGCGUCACAGCGCCACCCUCGCGGCUGGCACAAAAGGCGUGCUCCAUGGUGUGCGCACGUACAUCCUGCAAAACGAGCACGGCCAGAUCAGCGACACCCACUCCGUUUCCGCCGGUCUGGAUUACCCCGGUGUCGGCCCGGAGUUGGCGAACUGGAAGGACUCGGAGCGCGCCAAGUUCAUUGCCGCUACUGAUGCCGACGCCUUUGUUGGGUUCCGUCUCAUGAGCCAGUUGGAAGGUAUCAUUCCCGCGUUGGAGUCGUCCCACGGCAUCUUUGGUGCCAUCGAGCUGGCCAAGACCAUGAAGAAGGACGAGGACCUUGUCAUCUGCCUGAGUGGCCGUGGUGAUAAGGACGUCCAGAGUGUCGCGGACGAGCUUCCCAAGCUUGGCCCCAAGAUUGGCUGGGACUUGCGUUUCUAA